GCUGUAUGCUAUUAGCAGUUAUUAUUAAUCUUUAACUAAAUUUAUCGCACAAUUAAAUUUUCUAACAUUUAUCUAAUAUACCUUUCUUUUGAAGAUCUUUAUGAAAGCGAUCUUUUGUUGCGUAAUAAUUGACAUAAUAAAAUAUUAACUGGAAUAUUUCAGUCUAUUUUACCAUCAUCUCAAAAUUAUAUUAAGUAUGGGUACUAUGACAGUGCAAUCCAUUUACCGCGUGCCUUUUCUUUACUUAUUUUUAUUAUGCAUUUUCAGUCGGUUUUCUUGCUAUAAUUUAUUUUAUUCUUAUCAUUUCUGUGUUUGAAAUACCCCAAAAUAAAUAUUUUCAGCUAAUUAUGAAACAAAUUUUCACCAUGAUUGCACGUAUUUACCUUAAAAUUAGAUUUUUAUGAAGUUAAUUCCAUAAACAAUAACAUUGAACAAGGACAAUUUUAUAGUUUAGUGUUGAAGAAAUGGUUUUAUGAACAAAUUUUUGAGCAGUAAAUUUUAAAGUGCACUGUGGAAAAGCAGUUUCAAAUUAAAUAUUAAGAUCUCUGAGUCAGUGGAUAUUUGAGGAAAAUGUGCAAUGUUAAUUCGUUUUUUUUCUGAAUAUCUACUGUGUCAAAAUGGAUUUUAAAAAUGGAGAGCGAGUUAUUGUGUUAGUAGACAUGGAUUGUUUUUAUGUGCAAGUAGAGCAAAAACUUUGUUCAGAAUAUCAAAAUAAACCAUGUGCUGUCGUGCAGUACAAAUCAUGGAAAGGGGGAAGUAUAAUUGCUGUAAAUUAUGAAGCUCGUGCAAAAGGAGUUAGCCGUUUUUUAAAAGGUGAUGAAGCCCAAGAAAAGUGUCCCGACAUUCAUCUGUUCAGAGUUCCUGAAGUUAGGGGUAAAGCUGACUUAACUAAAUACAGGGAAGCUGGAGCUAAAGUUAUUGAUGUACUUUGUGAAUUUAGUGAUUGCGUUGAAAGAGCUAGCAUAGAUGAAGCAUAUUUAGACUUGACUUCUAUCAUUCAGAAAAAAAUGCAAGAAGCUGCUCCUGUUACACCCGAUCAAUUACCAAAUACCUUUGUUGUUGGUUGGGAAAAUGAAGAUGGUGCUUCGCAGAAAAAUGAACUUCAUAAAUGGCUUCAAAUGAUAUAUGAAGAAGAUCAUUUGUAUAAUGAUAAAAUGUUGGCAAUGGCAGCAGUUAUUGUUGAAGAAAUGAGAUCUGCUGUUUAUGAGAGAACUGGUUACAGGUGCUCAGCUGGAAUAGCCCAUAAUAAGAUGCUUGCAAAGUUGUCAUGUGGUCUGCAUAAACCUAACAAACAAACAAUCCUGCCUCAGUCAUCAGUUCAGUUACUGUAUAAUACUAUAAAAGUCAGCAAGGUCCGAAAUCUUGGAGGGAAACUAGGUGAAGAAGUGACUAAAAAGUUCAAUGCCAAAACAAUGGGAGAUUUGUUCAAAAUAUCAAAAUCACAAUUUAUUAAUGCAUUUGGAGAAAAAACGGGGUGUUGGUUGUAUAAUAUCUCUCGGGGAAUCGAAAAUGAACCUGUGAUUUCGAGGCAGUUGCCCAAGUCUAUCGGUUGUGGCAAAAACUUUCCUGGGAAAGGAGCCCUUUGUACUAAAGAUCAAGUUACUCACUGGUUAACACAGCUGGCAAGUGAAGUGGAAGAAAGACUGCUGAAAGAUCAAGAAAAUAAUCGAAGAAUUGCUCGUUUGCUAACUGUAACAGCUCGAAUUCGUGGGAGUAGUGGAUAUUCAGUCAUUUCAAGAUCUUGUCCUAUUCAUAUUUACAAAGCACAAAGACUGGCGCAUGAUGCACUCAUUACAAUUCAGAAGUUGAAUACUGCUCCUGCUUCAAGUGAUCAGUGGUCACCAGCAAUUAAUAGUUUGUCCAUGUCAGCAAGUAAAUUUGAAGAUAAAAUUGAUAACAGCACAAGUGAUAUACAGUCUUUUUUUGUGAAUACCAAACAGACUGGUGAAAAUGUAAAAAGUAUUACCGAUGAGAUACCUGAAGCAGCUAACACUUCAGUGGCUAGUGAUACAAAUGAAAACAAAAGUUUCAACCCUCCUGACGCCAGUGUGAUAACCUCAUCCAAUUCUGAUUUGAAUUAUACUGUAUUAUCUCCUAAAAAGACUAUUUCAAGCUUUUUCACUAAAGUAGUUAAUAAUGAUAAUGCAAGUAGUAGCAACAUAGAUAGUAUGAGCAUAAACAACAAAUUUCAAAAUCAAAUAGAAAAUAAUUUUUCCGAUAUUGAUCAGAAUGAUUCUGAUGGUGGCACAGAAAAUAAUAUCAGGUUUACAUCUCAUGAUAGGACAGAAUUUGAAUUAAAAAAUGAAGAAAUUCAAGAAAGUGCAUCUAAAUUACAAGAACCAGAACCUGCUGCUAGUAACUCUAAAUAUGUGAAAGGUUUUUUUGCAAGAAAACUUGAAGAGCGUAUUUCCAGCAAGCAAGUUCAGCAUUCAUCAAAUACAAGCACAUUAGACAAUAAAAGUAAUUCCGGCAAGGACAAAAUUUCUUUUGACAUUUCUUUCUCUUCAGGUACUGUAAGACAGGAAUCUGGUUCUAGCUCUCGUGGUCUUUUUACUGAAACUGGUGAAUAUUCACUUUCAUCUAAUAAUGAUCCAUAUUCAGAUUUGGAUCCAGAGUUAACUAAAAUAUGUGAUAAAUGUAAUCAGCAUAUUCCAAUUUGGGAAGAUGAAGAACAUUUAGAUUAUCAUGUAGCUUUAGAUUUGUCUAAUGAAUUUGCACAAGAACUUGCAUCAAAACGCAAAAAUUCUACAAAUUUUUGUAAAAGUGUUGGACAGAAUUCUAAAAAAACUAUGACUAAAAGGAAAAAUUCAUCAAAAUCUUUGUCUAAGUCUAAAAAAGUUUCUGUGCAAAGCAAUACUCUUGAUGCUUUUAUUAAAUCUUGAGUUUUUAAAUUUUAUUGGUCAUACUAAUCAUGAUUGACAUAAUUAUAAAUAUCAUAACUGGUGAUUUUUAAACUAAAAAUAUGAUUAUUAAUAAUUAUAAUGUAUCUAUUUUUUAAAUCAUUUAUAGAUAACUCUAAAGUCUAAAUAGACUCUAAAUAUUGUGGGGGGAGUAUGUAUAUGUCAUAUUGUAUAUCAAUCCUUUUUUUAAUUGGAUGUUGUAAAAAGACAAAUAUGUAACGAUAAAAAGCAUGUGAAUAUUGUAAAUACAAAACAAUAAAAAUUGCUAAACUAUGUCUCUCA